UCUCUCCUCCCACUUCGACUCGGCCCUAUCAAAAGGCCAAGAAAGGCCCCUUCCACACCGCACUCCUGCUUCGUUCCAUUACUUGCUCGGUUGCUUCCUCCCUCCUGCUGUUCCCUCCACAGUCCACUCCACUCAUCGGCCCUGCAGCUCAGUUCUUGGCUCAUUGGGGGAGUAGCUGCUGAUACUUCUUGCGUUGAGGCCAGUGCGAAUUCGAAGCAGCCUGGAGAGGCCAAGAAGCGCGUGCGUGAGGGAGCUGCAGAUGGAGAGGUACGAGGUGAUCAAGGACAUAGGAGCUGGCAACUUCGGGGUGGCCAAGCUGGCCCGGGACGUGAGGACCAAGGAGCUGUUCGCCGUCAAGUUCAUCGAGAGGGGGAUGAAGAUUGACGAGAAUGUCCAAAGGGAGAUCAUGAACCACAGGUCGCUAAGGCAUCCCAACAUAGUUAAAUUCAAGGAGGUUGUGCUAACUCCCACACAUUUGGCCAUAGUUAUGGAAUACGCUGCUGGUGGUGAGCUAUUCGAGAGGAUCUGCAGCGCUGGGAAAUUUAGUGAGGAUGAGGCAAGAUUCUUCUUCCAACAACUGAUUUCAGGAGUUAGCUAUUGUCAUUCCAUGCAAAUAUGUCACAGAGAUUUGAAAUUAGAAAAUACUCUCCUGGAUGGUAGUAUAGCACCUCGGCUAAAGAUAUGUGAUUUUGGUUACUCCAAGUCCUCUGUGUUGCACUCUCAGCCAAAAUCAACAGUUGGCACACCAGCUUACAUUGCUCCCGAGGUCCUUGCUAGAAAGGAAUAUGAUGGAAAGGUCGCUGAUGUUUGGUCCUGUGGAGUUACGCUGUAUGUGAUGCUUGUCGGUGCUUAUCCCUUUGAGGACCCUGACGAGCCGAGGAAUUUCUGCAAGACGCUUACUCGGAUUCUCAGCGUACAAUACGCAGUUCCUGAUUACGUCCGAGUUUCAAUGGAGUGCAGACAUCUGCUGUCCCGGAUCUUCGUGGCAAACCCUGAGCAACGAAUAACCAUCCCCGAGAUCAAGAACCACCCGUGGUUCCUCAAGAACCUGCCUAUCGAGAUGACCGACGAGUACCAGAUGGGCCUGCAGAUGACCGACAUGAACGUCCCAUCGCAGAGCCUGGAGGAGGUCAUGGCCAUCAUACAGGAGGCGCGGAAGUCCGGCGAGGGGCUGAAGUUCGCCGGGCAGCUCCCCGGCCUUGGGAGCAUGGAUCUCGAUGACAUCGAUAUCGAUGACAUCGACGUCGAGGACAGUGGCGACUUCGUGUGCGCCUUGUGACGAGCAAGUGGUUUGGUUCCGGCCGUCAGGCGAAGCGGCCAUGAACUCUUCUCUUCUGGUAUUGUGUUCUGUUGUUGAUCCACGUUGUUUGUUUUCAGAGAGCUCCCAUUUUGUUGUUGUACUACCACAUAUUUUCUGUAAACGAUGUAGUGACGCUGUGGAUAAAUAAUAGACUCUUGUAAUUUUUAUGUUGUA